AUGCAGUCUCCGACCCAGGAUCCCCCGGGGACACCACCCCGUCCGCCGUAUUCUCCGGUGACACCGGUGUUUGCGCAACUCGAACCACUUCCUUCCAACGAGCCAAGAAUCGUGCCGCCACCGCUGUCACCUUCGCCGACAUCGCAAGCCCCAGCCACCCAUACUUAUCCUCGCCCCCCACCAGCAAAUCCACCCGUGUACAAGCCUGAACCACCACCAGUACCGAUUUCAGAAAGUGAGAAUCCAGAUGCGAUCGCGCUGCGAUCCGCAAUCUCUAUCCUGCAGAUGCAGAAGCAGCAGAGUUUGCGCGACAUUCAAGCAUUAGACCGCAUGAAGAUCGCAGCAGAAGCAAACCCAGAAGCCUUUGCACAUGAGCUUGCGACAGGAAGACUUAAGACCGAGGAUCAUGGCACUAUCGUUCAGUUCUCCGAUGAUCAGGAAGAGACAGAAAGUGGCGAUGGAAAACCAACCAACCCAGACGGUUCUCCGGCUUCGAACUUCGGCAAAAUACCUACCCCUCAGAAUAUCGUGCGCAUGCCUCCAGUGAAUUGGGCCAAAUACAGUGUCGUGGGUGAACCUCUGGAUCGGAUGCACAAGGAGCAGUUGCGUCGGCCACACCCCGGGGAGCCUCGAUGGGAGCGCGCGCCGGAGCACGUUUUGGCCUCACCAUAUCGGCCGUUGGUCGAUCAAUUGGAGACGCCAGCCAAGCUGGGCCGAUCCAACAAACCAAAGAAGCCUUGA